UUGCCAAAUCGCAACUCGCUGUUCACUGUACGUUAGUCUUAUUAUUUCACGGCAUAUUUGACAAAGACGGGGAAAUGAAUCAUGCUUUACUGUAACUGACUGAUCUAAACAUGACACUGCAGGUUAACGUUAGCGUCGCUCAGUGCCUUAAACGUGCGGGAAACGACAGUUUGAAAUAAUUUGCUGUUUUACAUUUGAAGGGUCCAGUAUGCAGAAAGAACAACCUUGCUUGCACGAGAGCAGUCCUCGUGCUACAUCCAGCAAGAAUGCUAAAAAUAGGAGCAACAGUAUGAUUCUGCUGGCAAUACGUGGUAAUAAAGACGCAGACGACUCCAGUGGUACGGGCUCCCGCUGCAGUUCAGAAAAAGACUCCGGUUACUCUGACGGCUCAGACUGGCACCAGACAGAUGUGGAGGACCAGCGGAGCAACAAAAGCCAGUCCAGAGGCAGCGAGCAUGCAGAAACUUCACAGCCAGGUCAAAACAAAGACAUUGGGCAAGGGAAUCCCGGGAAUCCUACCCUGAUGCCAGCAGGCCGCAAGCUUCCACCCAUCUACAUCACCAACAACAUGGUGCUUAAGCAGCCGGAUAUGAUCCAGAAAAGAGGUCAGCUGUCCUGGAGAAAUGAAAACAGGGAAACCAGUAGUUCUGGUGCUGUCCAUAUGAUUCUUUUCCAGCAGCCUAGUUUGUUGCCGGCCACCCUCAAGCAACAAAAGCCCUUGUCACAGAUGUUCAAUGUCACAGGGAAGAAAAUAAAUGCCGCUUACCUGCCGAUUCUCAACUCCUACCCACACAUUGCACCUCACCCCAGCAAGAAGCCACUUGAUACAUUUUCAUGUAAUGAUGAAUCCCAGAACCUGAGCAAGAGGGUGUGCACAGAACACAAGAGUGAUGACACACCUGUGACCAGGAGUCUACCUGAGCAGCACCUUUAUAAGCAACCCAAAUUAGCAGUCUUAACAUCUGAGCUGCCGUGUUCCUCUUCAACCAGAGAUAGUCAAUCGUCCUCCAGUCCUACUACUGUCCCCUUGAGCCAAACCUCCCCAUCUGGGUCUGGUCUGUACACUACAUCCUCCAUCCUCACAACCAGAGAUCUUCCAAGAAACAGCACCGCCAGUACUCGCCACCGGCGUUUCCUCAACACAGAAGAAAUCCUCAGACAAUCAGGUCUGCUGGACAUUACACUGCGCACGCAGGAACUGCUGCGCCAGAGUAACGCCACCGAGUGGAACAUUGCCCAGCUCCGCCAGCACACAGAGCUACUGUACCAGGCUGCCAGCAAUCCCAGUGGCAGCCCGAGCGGCAUCACAGCCUGGCAACAUCUGCACCGAGCCAUGGCUGAGUCUGGCAGCUACCCCAGCCUUAAAAUCCUGCAAAAUGUACAAAUCCUGUGUCAUCCAGAUUCUGCCAGUCAACCAGUGAGUAUUUCCACAGGUAAAGCCAAUGGGCCACGAGCUGCUGAGAGCUCCGAGGUGCCGCCGUCUCGCCUUCUCUCUACUCUACCUGACCCAAACUCAGAACAAGGUAGGGAGCUCAAGGGCGGAGAUAAAUCUUCAGAGAACGUCACCUUUAUGCUUCCUGACAGUUCUACCGGUUAGCACAAUCUGCACUGCCUUUAAAGGGAGAGCAAGUACUCAGGGAUAUUUUUGGAUUUUAUGUGUGGCUUUAAUAGUUUAUCCCUGGUUAUUUAAACCUAGUUUUAUAGGAAUUUUGCUAAAUAUCUCUGCAGGCCAAUGGGAAUCAUACAAUGACUCAAUGUUAGUACUUAUAUGUACAUGUUGCAGUACAAGUUUUGUUUCCAGUUGCCUAACAUGCGUCACCAGAAUUAAGUGUUCUGAAAGCUGAUCCAUUAAUUCACGCAAGUGCAAUUCAAUUCCGAGGUACCAUCUUAUACUACCACUGCAGACUUUAUAGAACCACACAGAUGAGCAGAGGGUCACCGCUUAUGAGUCACUUAAAGGAUUAUGUCAAAAUAAAAUGUGUUUACCUGGGAGGCAGAGGAAAUUGGCGUACACACAGUA